AUGACAGUUUCGAAUAUUUUGUUUAAAGAUAUUAAUCAAUUGCGAGAUGAUUGGAUAUUGAUUGUUAGGGUUUCUAGAUUGUGGAAAUGUUUUAAUUUCAGAAGGGACAACGAGUUGAUUAGUCUUGAUAUGAUUCUUAUUGAUGAAGAGCAUGAUGUGAUGCAUGGCACUAUACCAAAAAAUAGAGUUGUAAAAUUUAAGAACCAAAUUCGUGAAGGCCAUAUAUAUCUGAUUAAAAAUGGGAAGUUUAUACCAUGUGCUGCUACUUACAAGCCUGUUGAAGGUGCUUAUUGUUUACAAUUUCUCAUGAAUACUUCCAUCGAGGAGAUCAAGGAAGUAACAGUUGCUAUUCCAGAGUUUAAAUUUCAAUUUGCUGGUGUCAAUGAUCUGCAAAAUAGAAAAAAUGACACAUCUUUGUUAUUAGGUAUUUUGAAUGGAGUAGGUGAGAUCGAAAAAAUCGUAUCAACAAACAGUUAUAAACGAGAUAUCAUUUUGCAAAUUGAACAGGAGACAUUUAGAGUUUCAUUAUGGGAAGAAAUUUCAAAAAAAAUUGAUGAGAGCUUGCUAAUGGGAGAUGACAAAUCAGUUGUCAUAAUGAUCACAUCAACAAACGUUAAAGAGUUUCAAGGUAAGAUAUAUCUUAAUAGCACUUCGGGAUCAAGAAUCUAUAUCAAUCUAGAAAUUGACGAGGUCCAUCUUUUGCAGAGAAAUAAUGAAAAUAUUCCAGUUGUUAAAUUGCAAAAGAGAAAGCUAAAUGAGAUAUCGGUUGAGGAGGAGAUGUUCAAAAUAGAGUACAAAGUUGAUAUUGCAGUCACAAAUGGCACUGUUGAAGCGGCUUUUAUAAUGUUUGAUUCAGUAUGCCAGAAAUUGGUUGGAUUGUCAUGUUCCCAGUUAUUGAAAAUCCAAGAAAACAAUCAUGAAAGAAUUCCAGAUGUUGUAAAUGCUUUUUGUGGAAAGACUUUUGUUUUCAAAAUUAAGUUGUCAGAAACUUAUUUGAAACAAGGAUAUGAGACUUAUACUGUAUUAAAAAAAUUUCCAGUCAAAGAUGAACUAGAAAAUGAUUACAAGCUACAGCGAUUGGAAGAGGCAAUUGAAGACGAAGAUGGAAAGGAUUCAUCAACAGCAGAUGCGAUUCAACAUCAGGCUUUAACACCAAAAAUUACUGACAAAACAUCAACUACCAGAUCAUCUGUCGAAGAACAAGAACAAUGUAGUACAAUGCAAUCUUCUAAUUCAGGUAUCUCAAACAUAAGUAAAGAAAAGGGUGAAGGAACAAAACACCAAGAGAUAGAAUACAAUGAAUAG